AUGUUACGACCGUAAACAAACUAAUAAGAAAAAAACAUAUUCAAUUUAAAUAGUGUUUAUUUAUAAUAAAUUGUUAGUUAAGGUUGGAAAGUAAUUAUUACAAAUAAUAAUUUAGAGAUAUGAAACAGAUUUUGAAGAAAUAGAAACACUUCUCAAAGGACCUUAUUAUUAAGUUGUCAAAGUUAUUAAUAAAGUUGAUUAAUAAACCUACGCUAUUAAAUAGGUAAGACAUAAUCCUUAUAUUAGAUUCAAAUUUGCUUAAAACAGUAAUAACAAAUGGAAAUCAAUAUCUAAAGAGUAUUAAAGGAAGUAAGAUACUUAGCAUAAUUGAAUCAUCCAAAUAUUAUGAGGUAUUAUAAUUCAUGGGUUUAAAUGAAUGAUGAUGAUAAAGAGUUACAAUAAAUAAAUACAAUUGAUUCAAUUAAAAUGAUUGAUAUCAUAAGUCCUUUAAAAUCACCAUCUUUUAAUAGAGGAAUUUAUGAUGAUCAAUUUAUAUUUCCAAGUUAUUUUUUUAACAAUAUAUUAGAAUAGAUAGAUAACAAGUCAAGUAAAGAAAGAAUUAGUUAUUCGGAAGUUGAAUCAAGUGAUUCUGACUCAAGUGAAAUAUAAAGUGAUAGAUUUUUUAGUGAAUAAAAAUAAAAAAAUAAGAAUUUAAAGGUUAGUACUUAACUGAUUAGUAAAUCAUGUGGUUAGAAAUACUUACAUGUUGAUAAAUUCACAAUAUUUAUUCAAACUGAAUUUUGCGAUUAAUCUUUAAGCAAUUACUUAUAAGCAAGAAAUGCUUUAUUACAAUAGAAUUCAGAAUAGCUAGAAUAAUUAUAGUAAUAAUCAUAUGAAAAUGCACUCUUAAUUUCAUUGAAUCUAAUCUCAGCUCUUGAGUAUAUUCAUUAACAAUGUAAAUUAGUUCAUCGAGAUUUGAGACCAGAUAAUAUCUUUAUCAACAAUUCAAAUGAUGUAAGAAUAGGUGAUUUUGGAUUAAUGAAAAAAUUAAAGUAAUUAUUGGUAUAAAAACAACCCUCUAAGUAACAGUAUGGUUUUAUUGAAGAAAACAAUCAUUUUAAUAAACCUGUUAACUUAUAAAUAUAUAUAGCUCCUGAAUUAUUGAAAGAAAAUAUAAACAAAUAAUAUGAUAAUAGAAUUGAUAUUUAUUCUUUUGCAUUGAUUCUAUUUUUGCUUUUUUAUCCUAUUUCAAAAUAAGAAAGUCAAUUAUAAUUGUUAUUAGAUGCAAAAGAUUCAUAAAAUCUUCCUUUAAGAUUUAUAUAAAGAAAUCCAAUUGUGAGUGAUAUUGUAUUAAAAUGUUUGGAUAAAGAUCCAAACAAAAGAUACACUUUGGAAUAGAUUAAAACAAAAUUAUAAGAUGUUUAAUAUUAGUUGGAAAAACAAUUACGAACAGAUUAUAUUGAAUUAGGAAUUUAUAAGAUUAAAUUUGAAGAUGAAGAAAUUGAAUAUUUAAAGUAAUAUUAGAAGUUAUAACCAUAGGUAUUUAAAAUUGAUAAAUGGUUAAUUAUAUUUAUAUAAAUCUAGAGAUCAUUAGAAAGCUUAGGCAAUUUAUAAUGUAACAGAAUGUUAGAUUAGAUGGGUUGAUAAUUCAGUAGUGAUUUGUCAUGAUCAAUUAACAACAAUAAGUAUUGUUGUAAAAGAUGAAGAAGAGAUAGCGUAAUUGAAAUAAAAAUUAUUAAUAUUAAAAUGAGC